GCUGGGAAUUGUGUUGAGACAUAAGGCGAAAUUGACAACACGGCAAUGUGCCCGAAGAGGAAAGGAAGAAGUUUAUUUUGUUAAAACUUCAUCAUACGUCUUUAUAUAUAAUUACUUUUCAAGAUUGUAAUUUUUAAGAAGUAUCUCCAUGGGGUUUUUGUCAAUACCACCUGGUGCCAUCCUGUGAGGUGGCAAGCCUGCCAUUGUUGGGCAGGCAGCUAGAGGAAGGAUGAGUGGAUCACGGUUGGUCCGCGGGACCAGAAGUCGACUGUUCCUGUAUUUAGCUGUUGUAGUUGUGGUGGGAAUGGCAGUGUAUGUGUUCCACGGUGCUCAGUUGCAGCUUGACGACGCGCGCAAGGCAGCGGAUAAGUGCCAACAGCAGCAAGAAUCCUUGUCUGCCCAACUCCAGGUGAUAUUCGAGUACAAGCUGCGUCUCGAAAAGUCAUUGCAGCAGGAGAAAGCGGACCAUAGAAAGACGCACGAGGAGUUGGAAAAGCGAACCAACGGCGAGAAGGAGGCAAACAACAAGCACAGCGCACUGCAGCAACAGUACAAGAUUCUUCAGAGUCAGCAUGAUGACCUCAGCGAAGACUGCCACAAGAUGCACCUGACGCAAGCAGAGGAACGGAGCAAGUUGGAGUCCCAAGUGCUCUCCCUACAGGAGGAUUUGACGCACGCGCAAGCAGGUCAUAAGAAGUCCCUUAAUUCUCUGAAGACGGAGUACACUAAAUUGGAAGUGGAAAAUGCGCAUCUUGAGAAACAGAACGCUGAGCUACGUGACCAGACAUCAAAGACGUCAAAGAAGCUUAACUUCCUGGAGAAGCAAAACUUCCAGCUGGAGAGAGAUUUGGCAAAAGCCACGAAGGAAUUGAAGACGUACCAAAGACAUCCUCCACAAACUGUUGAGAAGGCUUCAGAAGGGAAGCAGGAUGCAGACGGUAGUCUUAAGUCGCCUGUGAGGCACUCCAAUGCAGAUCCAUCACCUUUACCUGCCUCGUCGGUUUCUUCACUAGCUGCCGCCGCCGCUGCCGCUGCCCCAGCUCCAGAAAACCAAGUGAAUGUAGAAGAACCUGUGCUGAACCAGGACAACGCCGAUAACAAGGCAUCUGGCCAAAGAUCAACAACACCCCAAAUAAACCCUGAAGCACUGUUAAGCCAGGAGAGGGCACAACAGUCAAAUAACGUGGCUCCGGUUCCACCACCAGGACAGGAGAAACAUGAGGAUGGCAAUGAAAAGAUGGAUCCUGAGGUACCCAAUCUCCCAAGACCUGCCAUGGAAGACCCCUCAAACAAAUGGAAGCACCGUCCCAAUGUGCCAGCAGAAGCUGUACCUGGUCUGCAAGGACACGUGUACCACCAAAAUGCACAGGCUAUGGCACCCAACAAGAAUGUAGAGAGCCGUGUAGCCGACCGCUGGUCUUGGCCACGGUUCCAGUUCAUGCCACAACCCAUUGCUGCUAAUGUACGGGAGAAUAAUCCAUUGGAUGACAAUGGACCGGAAGACGAGGAGGAGGAAGUGGACCCAGCCCAUCCUCAUCGCAGCGAACAUGGAGAGCAACAGGAGAUCCCACGGCAGCUCCACAACCCGUACCAGUACAACGGGGCUGAUUAUGACAAGGAGGCACCCCGGGGUGACCUACAGUUGGAGGAGGGAGAGGAGGAAGAGGAUGACGAUGCAGAUCAGCUUGACUAUGGAGAUGAAGCAGGUGGCAAGGCGGUCAAGGGAGGGAUGAAGAAACAGCCUUCCAUCAAGGAGCAGCAGCACGAUGGAGUCAUGUUGAUUCCGAAGUGAUGUGUUGUAAGUGUUGGAAACCGUGAACAGUCUUGAUACAUUUCUUAUGUAACAGGUGAACUGUUCCUGGUGAUGUUGCUGUCAUAAUUAAAGUGUUAUGAAGGUCAUUAUUGGAGAUCAGGACCCCAGGAAUAUGCUUAUCCACUCACCAUCAGCACGUUAUCAGAGACCUCUGGGAAGUUAAAUUAUCUAUAUGAGGAAUUGUUUGAAACUGAGCGAGUGGAUUUUAUUAAGCGGGCAGUAGAUUUAUAUUGUGGCUCUGGAGCCCUGGGAAAGACAAUUGAAGUUGUUCAAAGUGUGUCAUGUUGGCCCUUUGGUUACGGUAUGAAAUUGAGCAUUGCUUUGCUUCCGGAUAAAACGGAAUGAUGAUGGAUUUUGACGUUCAACGGAUAAAGAGGCUUAGUUUAGGUACAACCAUAGCAAAUGCUUGAUGGUGCAGUGAAAUAAAACCAUGACAAACUGUUCUGGGCUCAACCACAUUUAAGUGAUGAUGUACAAAAAGAUGUGUUGCAUAUGAGACACAUCUGUGAAGUGGUGCAAACCUGUGUCCAUGUGAUACUUCUGCUCGUUGUUUGUGAAGAAGAUGGAAGAGAAACUGGAACACCAAAUGGAAAAAAAAAAAGUGAAUUGCUGUCAUCUUGUUCCAGCUACCACACAAGAUGGAUACCAGUCGAAGGUCCCGUAAUAUUGAUCAGAAUGCAGAAAACUUUUGUGGGAAACAAAUGAAUUCUUGUUUUGAAAUAAUGUUCAGUGUAUCAAAACGCAAUUGUUCAUCUCUGUUAACAUAUGAACUGAGCGGUCAUUCUAGAGAACAAAAAAGUUACUUUUGGGGAUAAAUGAGCCUGGCCAGCACAAAAACAAUGCCCAAUGUCGGCCUGACAUAUGCACAAGAUGCGACAAUAUCAGUUUUUGCAUUUGAAAAAGGUGUUAUUUAACCUCCUGAGGACUGCAAACAUACCCACAUGUACAUGGACGGAGUUCUGUAUCUAUUCCGAGAAGCCGAUAGACUUCUCUCGACCUCAUGAAAGAAUGUUUGAGCCAGGUCACUAGCGACAGGUCCUGGUCUAGAAGUCGGGUCAUGUGGAAGUGCAAUAUUAUUAAGUUUUUAACAAUAACAAUAAUAAUAUGCCGCUAUCGCGUUGUACACUAAAAAAUUUCUUUCGUAUUCCUCCAAUAUUAGUCGUCUGACAACACACUAGUAGCCAGACCAAAGCAUUUGCCACAAUAAAAUUGGCACCCAACAUGUGAAAAUUAUCUGCAAAUGCUUGCCUGUAAAAAUGGUAUAAGAAGUGGUAUCUUGAAGAACAUGCAAACAGACAAGAUCCAUCAGCAUUAAAUAAAGAUGAAGAUAACCUUGGGUUUCUUUCACAAAACUAUGUCAAGCCUCGAAAGAUGAAAAAAUGUAUCUGCGGUUUUGCACGUUGAGAUAUUUUGUAUAAAACGCAAUUUGUUAAUUACGAAACUGUAAAUUAUUGCAGUGUUAUUGUACCUUGUGUGGCGGAGUCAUGGCAGUGAAGUGACUUGUACGUCUGCUUUAUUUGCUGUUUCCUUUGGACUAUUUUUUAUGUUUUUAAUUCUUUGCUGUGGGUUUUUUUUGAAGCAUUAACAGCGUGUUCCCCCUUUGGCCAUUCAGUAGUUAUCAGUAUGUCCCAAUAUUAUUCUGAUUUUAAAGUUACAUCUAAUGCAGGCGUACAGUAAAAAUAAAACAUCUGUUGAUAAGUCACAACUGAAAACAUGGUCUGCGUAUUGUAAUAAUAGUUUUAUUCUGAAUAAUAAAUGUUGCAAAAUGGAA